GAAGUCUCCUUGCCCAUGUCCAGGCAGCCUGGACGCUCAGUUCAGCUCCUCAAAUCCACUGACCUCGGACGCCACAGCCUGCUGUACCUCAAGGAGAUUGGCCAUGGAUGGUUUGGUAAGGUGUUCCUCGGUGAGGUGAAUGCAGGGCUCAGCAGCACUCAAGUGGUCGUUAAGGAGCUAAAGGCCAGUGCCAGUGUACAAGAUCAGAUGCAGUUCCUGGAAGAGGCUCAGCCAUAUAGGGCCCUCCAGCACACGAAUCUCCUGCAGUGCCUGGCCCAAUGUGCAGAGGUCACACCCUACCUGUUGGUGAUGGAGUUCUGUCCGUUGGGUGACCUGAAGGGCUACUUGCGGAGCUGCCAUGCGGCCGAGGCACUGGCACCUGACCCCCUGACAUUGCAACGCAUGGCCUGCGAGGUGUCCUGUGGCCUGCUACACCUCCACCGCAACAACUAUGUACACAGUGACCUGGCACUGCGGAACUGUUUACUCACAGCUGACCUGACUGUCAAAAUCGGCGACUAUGGUCUUUCUCACUGCAAGUACAAAGAUGACUAUUUUGUGACGGCUGACCAGCUGUGGGUGCCGUUGCGCUGGGUGGCUCCUGAACUCAUCGAUGAGGUUCACGGCAACCUGCUUAUUGUUGACCAGACCAAGACCAGCAAUAUCUGGUCGUUGGGUGUGACCAUCUGGGAGCUCUUUGAGCUGGGAGGCCAGCCCUAUUGCCACUAUUCGGACCGGCAGGUGCUCACUUACGCCAUCAAGGAGCAGCAGCUUAAACUUCCCAAGCCGAAGCUCCCACUCUCACUCUCUGACCGCUGGUAUGAAGUGAUGCAGUUCUGCUGGUUGCAGCCAGAGCAGCGCCCCACUGCUGAGGAGGUGCACCUGCUACUCUCCUACCUAUGUGCCAAGGGGGCUUCGGAAGCUGAGGAGGAGUUUGAGAGGCGCUGGAACUCCAUGAAACCCAGGGGUGGUGGAGGAUCAAGCUCUGGCUCCGGCUCCAGCCACAUGGGCAUUGAGCUUUCCUCUUUCCCACUGCUGGAACAUUUUUCCAACGAUGGCGAUGAUGUCCUGACUGUCAUGGAGACGAGUCAUGGCCUCAACUUUGAGUACAAGUGGGACCAAGGCAAAGCUGAGCACCUUCCAGCCUCGGCCUUGAGCCCUCAUGGACCUGCCCGCUAUCACGAGCUCUACUACUCAGCCAGCAGCAGCGGUGGAGGGGGCGGGCACCUCAGCCUGGGCGUCUCACCCUCCUGCUAUGAGUGCAAGGUGCAAGGCUGUCCUGGUCUGCACACGCCAGGUGUGGUUCCUGUCCUGAGUGCCCACAGCCCCUCACUUAAUAGCGAGUACUACAUCCGCAUUGAAGAAGCGGCCUCAGAGGGUAGCGGGGCUGAUCUGGACUACACGAUGUGCUCCUACAGUCCUGAGUUUGGCUGUUCGUCCCGAAGCUGGCAAGCCAAGGAGGGCCCCUAUGAAUCAAGCAAUAGCCCUGCUGUCUCACUCACCAUGGAACCUCUUCUGGGCCAUUCCACACACACCGACAGUCACUGGGAACCCCCCGAAUACUACUCCUAUGGAGGACAAGGGGACAAGGAAGUCCCAUACUAUGAGGCCUCCCCAAGGGAAAGUGCUGAUGACUACCUGCUGAAAGAGCCCAGUGGCUCUGAGUGGCCUGUUCCGGUUUUGCAGAAGACUGCCUUCACUGACCCACUGGGUGUGUCGCCGUCAGUGACCUACAGCUACAAGGAGGCCACGUUGGACUGUGUCACUCUGGAUCUGGAUGAGGAGAACUCUUGUGGCAGCCCCAGGAGUGAAGGGGGUGAGAAUGACGAAUCCCCUUCCUCCAGCAAGCAGUGGACAUCCAACACCUCAGCCAAUAAUAACAGCGGCCACUCAUUAUCCCCCUGUGAGCCACCUGCGAAUGACAGCUGGUGCUACCGGCACAUGAUCACCUUCCAGGGGCUCAUGGCAGAACCGCUGUGCACAGUACCCCGGGAUGAGCCCACUCUCGGGCUCAAGGAUCUGCGAGCUGCACUGCUGGGUGGGGAGUGCGUGAUGUCAUCUCACGCGGGCUCCCCAUGUCUAGAUGCUGAGUUGCCGGCAGAGGAGAAAGUAUCACCUGACAUUGCUGGUAUCGAGGUCAGUAUAGAGGACUCCACAGAUCCCUGGACUGAGAGUGGAGAAGGGUGCCCCCCGGCCACUGGGCCACUGUUGGAGGAACUGGACUUGGGGACAUCAUUACCUGUGCCAGACCCAGCUGUCAGUAUAGACACUGGGGAUACAACUACGCCAGCUGAAUUAAUAGACGAGACACUAGUCGCUGGGGAAGAUCCUGUCCUUGUGGAAGAGGCUUCAGUUGAACGCCCACCCAGGAUGCUACAGGAGAUCAACCUAGAAAAUGGCAAGACCAUCAGCAGUGAACUGGACCAGACGCCAGACAAGACGGUGUCGAGCGCUAGCUUCCCCGAUAUGGAUGAGGCUAGCGAUGAGGAUACGGCUGAGCUCACUUUUGGAGUUUUUGCUGACUUCUCGGUUGACUGUGUCGAACGGCAGGAUAUACUGCCUGCCUUCAAGUCCUUGCAGAAGCAGGUGGGGACCCCUGACUCUUUGGAGUCAUUGGACAUUCCCUCCACCACCAGCUCCUGUGAGGCAUUCAGCCCCACAGCCUGUGUAUCCUCAAGCCAGCCUAAGGCCCUGGACAGUGGGUAUGAUACCGAGAACUACGAGUCUCCUGAAUUUGUCCUCAAGGAGCCUCACGAGGUGCGAGAGCCCGAAAACUUUCCACAGCUAGGAAAGAUGCAAGAAGACAGGGGGGACUCGACCAAAGAGCUAAGUCUGUCAAGUUCUUUCAGUGCUGAGCUGCAUGUCUUAGACGAGAAGAACCCUUACCGUGACUCAGCCUACUUCUCUGACUAUGAUACUGAAGGGGGAACUCGGGAGGAUGGGGAAGGGGACAGUGAUGGUUUUGAGGGGCACGAGUCAGAGCCCUGCCAGGUAGCCUUCGGAGGGCUGGGGAAGGCCCCUAACCAAAAAGUGCCUCCCUGCCCCGAGCCCCCUGCCCCCUGCGGAGACAGUGUGGGCUGCACCUUUCCAGAGGCUGAGGAACAAGUCGUGAGGGAAGGACCUCCAAGGGCAUCACGGGAGUUGCUGGUAAAUGGAGCUGCUGCUGAGGAGGUGGAGUCAAGCCCAGUCAGGGAUGAGUGUGAAGGGACUGUUGCUGUGCCCCCACAGCUGGCUCCCACCAGAUCUUUUUUCCUGUCGCCUGUGGUCAUGAGUUCAGAGGUGCCCAUCCUGGUACUUGAGGGAGAUGUGGGGGCAGGGAAUGCAGGGCUGGAGAAGGGGUCAAGAGAGCCAGAGUAUCCGGGGGAACUGGAGGGGACUGGUGAGAGUGAGGAGUUAGAGAGCAAUUCUGCGCUCUCCAGUCUUUCACUGGACCUGUCAGGGGUGCCUUCCCAGCAGUCAUCCACCUCCACCGAUCCUGAGGAAGAGGAAGACGACACAGAGGACAGCGAUGAGUCUGAUGAGGAACUGCGCUGCUACAACAUCCAAGAGCAGAGUGAAGAGAGCGAGGAGGAAUCGCCUACGGUGCCCAUUGUGGUGGCCGAGAGCCACAGUGCGCGCAACCUGCGCAGUCUUCUCAAGAUGCCCAACCUGCUGGUGGAAUCCUUCUGUGAUGACCUGGAGCGCAAGAAGAAGGCUGUCUCCUUCUAUGAUGAUGUCACCGUCUACCUCUUUGACCAGGAAAGUCCCACAAAGGAACUUGCAGACCAGCCUUUCCCGGGGGUCACAGAGCCAGGCCUGGCCCAGUCUGUGCAGAAAGAAGGCAACAGUCCUGCAGGCCCUGCAGGCCCGACAGAGACACCAAACAGUUCCUCAGAAGGGAGUACCUCUGAAGAAGAGAGUAAGGGUGGUGGUUUUGAAUGGGAUGAUGACUUCCCCCUCAUGCCAGUGAAAUCGCCUUUUGUGCAGACAUUAACACCGGCAGUGUCUGAGCCAGCCCUUCCCAGACUGCCACCCGUGCUAGGGCCCGCUCAGAAGCAGGUGCUGCCCAUUCAGUUUUCACGCUUCACUGUCUCACCUGCCCCAGUGUCACGGUUCUCCAUCACACACGUCACCAACUCAGAUGUCAAGUCUGUAGGAGGAAGCAGUGAAGAUGGCGACAGAGAGUGAGCUUGGCCACCUGUUCUCUUUUCGGACUUUCCAUCCUGACCCCUA